AUGGCCGACGCACCGAUGCCUCAGCAAGUGGCAUUGCCAGCCCAGGUGCUCAGCUUGGAAGAAUUGAAGGAGAGAAAGGAGAGAUUGAUCCGAGAUGCCACAAUGGGAAUUGGGAAUCUUCAACAGAUGAUUGUGGAUUCCAUUGGUUGGCUGCCGGACGAGCAGCUCUGCCAGUCCAUUGCGAGACACGUCGCAUUGGACGUCCCAAGGGCGAAGGCGGUAUUGAAGAAAUUGCGGCUCAUUGAGAAGGGGAUCUGCACGAUGCUCAUCAACGCAUCGGAUACCGGGAGCCUGACCCCAUUGGAAGCCCUGGACGUCAAUCCAUUGCGGCUGGUGACAUUGGAUUGCCUCAAGUCCAGCAGGUGGCCCGAUCCUCUGGGAUGCGGCCCCUCAGUGGCCAUUGCCUGGGGAUUGAUGCGAUUGAAUGCACAGCCUGGAAGAACAUUGGGACAAGUCGCCAAUUUCUCCCCGGAUUGGCUGUGGCAUGCUAACCAAUCCUUUCUGCCAUUGAGCCUUCGCACAAUGCUCAUUAGCAAUUGGCGGAUUGUGCAUUUGCACCCGGUUCCAACAAUCCCGGAUGCAUUGGUCUCCUUUCCCUGCUUCAUUGCAUUGCCAGACACACUUGCUAUGCGAUUGGUCGAGACAGGCAGGUUAUUGGUCAGCGAUUUUCCGUGCCAGCAGGCGAAUUCCUUCCUUUCGGUGGCACACAGCCUUUCGAAGCUAUUGAUGUGGAUUGAUCAGAUCCCAAGCAUCAAGGCAUUGAGAGAUGAGAACCUGAUGAUCAUUGGUGUGAACCAUGCAGUGGGAAGAUUGCCAGUGGUAUUGAAGAAUGCUGAUGGCACUGGUGGUUUGAAGCAUUGGCAUAACCAGAGCUACUGCGGAUUUGCCACCAUUCUCGAGCCUCCACAGGAUGAGGCUGAGAUUGUCCUGACUCCGGAAGAGAUUGGCACAUUGGUGCUUUUGGACACGCAGACCACAUUGCGCGAGCUGACUGAUGGUCUCCAUUGGGACAUGGUGCACUCUGGACAGCAUUCCAUCCACCGGCACAUUGCGUUGCCAUCGAAGCUCAGCUUCCUAUUGGGAGCGGGUCGCACAGCAGGACCCGGAGCAUCAUUGCAGAGCACAUUGGCGAGCCAGCGGAAUGCUUUGAGUCGGAACAGCAUUGGCAGCUCAGAGGUGACGGUCGUUGAUGAUUCUGGGAGCCGAUUGCGAAUCACAACGACGAUCAACAAGAUCGAUUGA